AUGAUCAGAAAAAGUCGGUUCAGCGGGUUUGCAAAGGGCGACGUUGCUCUCUUCGUCAUGGAUAAUUCGCCUGCGUUCGCUGUUUCCCAUUUGGGAGUAUUGAAAUGUGGAGGAACUAUCACCAGUGCCAGUCCUUCGAGUUCCCGAGGUAAGAGACUAAAGCACUACGAAAAGCUCCGAAAUUUGAAUAAGAUUCUCUGCUUUCAGCUGCUCUGGAGCACCAAAUACGCGAUUCCAAAGCGAGCCUCGUUUUUACAGACGAAACCAUUCUACCUCGUUUCAAGUGAUUUGGCCGUCUUGCCUUAUACGGAUGUAAUGAAAGAAGUCCCCAUGGGAAUGAUACUCACACACCAGAAUGUCUCCACAGCAGUUGACAUCUAUCAGGCAUAUAUGGAGCGCAUGGCUAAGAAAGUACUGAAGUAUCCGGACUGUUCGCAGGAAAGUCUCCUCCUCUGUUCGUCUUUCGCUAGUAUGUACGGACUGCUCUGCCUCAACAUCGCCCUCAUAAUGGGUUUCACCUCUGUCAUCUUAAAGAAGUUCGAGCCAUUACUGGUCUUCAACAGCGUUCGUUCUUACCGGGUACGUCUUUGGAAUAUUCUGAAAACACAACAGAAAUACCAACAGAGUAAAUGCAUAUGGAAAGGCAAAAAUAAAUUCGUAACGGACGUUCUGUCGGUAUGCCCUUCGACAGGUGAAUUGAAGGGCUUAGAAGAAAAAGGUGAGGUCUGUCUACGUGGACCGACAGUAAUGCGGGGCUAUAUGAACGAUAAUGCUCAACUCAAUGAGGAUGGCUGGUACCAAACAGGUAAUGAACGUUACUCUUCUAUUCAUAAUAUGGCUGGACGACUUCAUGCCAAUAUUUUUUUGUUUGUAACCCUUAAAACAGUGAGGGAAAACCUGCAAAUGUUCAGGACAAUUAGGCUAUGUCGACAAGUCUCACUAGCCGAAUUGGAGGAUGUCCUUCUGUCACAUCCUUCAAUAUCUGAUGCUGCAGUCAUCAGUAUACUUGACGAAGGCGCGACGCAAAAAAUGAAAGCGUUCGUUGUCCAGUGUGAUGAAAAGCUGACUGCAGAAGACGUUCUCGGUUUUGUGGAUGGUGAGAGUGAAAACAAUUGUUUUAUACUAUACAUCUUGCUCAUUUUCCAACAGAUUGCCCAAAUUCCAAUGAGAAUUCGAUCCAUGGCUGAAUCCUUUGGGUUCCUUUUUUCCCGUUCUGCCUUCUCCUUUUGUCCACAAUCAUCUCUAGAAUCCAGGUCACCAUUUCGUUUUCCUGCCCCCAGUCAGUGA